AUGUUUUUUCCAAGCGGUUUCCUGAAUACGAAAUUUGAGCUUGUAAUUCGCUUCGAAAAUGGUCCCGUCGCUGUUGACAACGAAGGUUCUUCCUAUUCAGGACCGAAUCAUGUGACAGUGAAGCUACCACAAGCUGCAAGGGUCGGCGUGAUUCCGGAAGACCCUGUGUCACAUGAAAGCCCUCCUGAACUUUCCGUGCAUAACAACCAGGACGUGAAUGACUCUUCAUCCGGUGAUGCAGCACCUUUGUGUGGAAGUAGUAAAGAGUUGAGUUUCAGAGUACUUUUAUACAGUCGACGUUUUGCUAAUUUAGUCCUACAGCAACCAAACGGAGUGGAGAAGGACAGUGGGCCUGUGUGUGCCAAAAGUGAAUCGAAUGAUCUCGUUAACUGCAAUGGCGGUAACGGAGGGAUCAAACCUGUGUGUGCUAAUGCAGUGUCUCCACGUGGGAAGAAUGUGUAUACCGUAAACGAUGGGGCCCUUCAACAGCAUCCUAAACCCUACGAAGUGGAGAAAAAUCCUCCCCACAUCCAUGACAAUAUUGGCUGGUCAAACCGUCAUAUGAAAUGGAGGGGUCGUAGACGCAGUCCCAGUUUCUACAACACGCAUCAUGACCAUCGUCAAUGGACCGACUACCGGCGACAUUAUCUUCCUCUGAAGCCCAAUGAAGAGCGAUAUAAUCGCACAUAUAGAGAUUUCUCGGACGAAGGUCACUCUUUUCCCAACCACAUGACUACGAAUCAGCGUUGGUGGAGAAGAACUUACAAUAGUUGUUAUCGUAGAUACUAA